UUCAACGAGCUAUGAUGGCAGUUAGCCACAGUUUUUAGUCAGGCUAAGCAGAUGCAUUAAUCAGUCAUUAGUAUUCGGCCAGUACGCACAGAGAGUAACGACUUUGAAAACCCGUUUCGGCUAUAAAAAAAACGAUAGUACUCAUUAAAUACAAAGCGAAAACAAAUAAUACAAUAAGAUGUCGGCCGAGUCUUCGAAGGGAGCUGUUAACAAUGGAUAUGAAAUGGAUCAUAAAGAAUUGGACAUACAUGACUCUGAAGAAUUUAAGGAACUGCCUCUGGAAAAUAUAAGCGAGGUCUCUAAUCAAAAGGGAUACUUUGAUAACAAUCCCAAAGUGGCGCGUAUGGUAAAGAUCUCAAUUUAUAUACUCCUGCACCUCGUUGUUGUAGGUUACUUCUCGUAUGCCACCUAUCACUAUCACGACAUAUCCAAUUAUGAGUGCUACUGGAAAGAUAAUCCAUUGUGUGGUAUCAACUUCUGCAGCGGUUAUGGAAUGCUAUUGCUUCUCUUGGGAUUCGUCUACUUGGGUCUGUUCUACUACUACGUCUUUAAGCCAACGGUGGGCCAUAAACUGCAUAGGAACUUUCUGAAGCCCUGGUCCAAAAAAUGGCACAAUUUCAGUAGAACCAGGAUUGUGUCCCUGGCCAGCAUCGCCUUGCUCCUCGCCCUUUUGGCCAUAUUCGUGUACUUCGAGACCCGCAAUGAGCCACAGAAGCUGGUGUCCCUGGUAGGUCCCUGUUUUUUCAUCCUGUGCGGCUACGUCUUCUCCACAAAGCGAAGUGCCAUUAAGUGGCGUAUCGUGAUCACGGGAAUCACGUGCCAGUUCCUGCUCGGUAUCUUCUGCAUCCGCUGGGAGGUAGGCCGCAAGAUUUUCGAAUGUUUGGGCAACAAAGUGGCCACUUUCCUGGGAUACGCAACCGACGGAGCCGAAUUCGUGUUCGGCGACUUCCUGGUGACAAACAACGUGUUUGCCUUCGCCAUCCUGCCGGUGAUCUUCUUCUUCAGCUUCUUUAUCUCUAUCCUAUACUACAUGGGUACGAUGCAAUGGGUGGUUGUCAAGCUUGGAUGGAUACUGCAGCAAAUCCUGGGCACCACCGUCUGCGAGAGUGUGACGGCGGCGGCCAAUAUCUUCCUGGGGAUGUCCGAGAGUCCGCUGCUCAUACGGCCGUACAUCAACAAGCUGACCAAGAGCGAGAUUCACAGCAUAAUGGUGUCUGGCUUUGCGACGGUGUCUGGGACCGUGCUGGCUGCCUACUUGUCCUUCGGCGCAUCCGCUGCCCACUUAAUCACCUCCUCGGUGAUGGCAGCUCCCGCCACGCUGGCCAUCUCCAAGCUCUACAUGCCGGAGACCGAGGAGAGCCAGACCUCGUCGGAUUCAAUUGAGUUGGAAAAAUCGCAGGACUCCUCACUGUUAGAUGCAGCGUCCAGCGGAGCCAGCAACGCAGUACCCAUUGUUCUUGGCAUCAUAGCCAAUAUUGUGGCCUUCGUGGCCUUCAUCGCCUUCCUCAAUGGCCUGGUCAGUUGGUUCGGGUAUUUGGUAGGUCUGGAGCACGUUGACUUCGAGUGGAUAUUUUCAAAGUUGUUCAUUCCGCUCGUCUGGGCAAUGGGGGUGCCGAAUGAGGACUGCGAUAUCAUCGCUAAAGUGGUUGCCACCAAGACCAUAAUCAAUGAGUUUGUGGCCUAUGAGCGCCUGGGUCAAUAUAUCGAAAGUGGCCAAAUCACCGCCCGCAGCGCUGGAAUCGCCACUUUCGCCAUCUGCGGCUUCGCCAAUCCCAGUUCCUUGGGUAUCCUCAUCGGAUCCCUCAGUGCCAUGGCGCCCCAUCGUCGCUCCACCAUCACAUCGGUGGCUUUCCGAGCCUUUGUGGUGGGCAGCAUAGUCUGCUUUGUAUCCGCCAGUUUUGCAGGCAUCCUAAUACAAGAAGACGACGAAAAGGCGAACUACAACAGGAUAUUCGAAAAAUUGGGUCGGAAAAACGCAACUCAUUUUUAGUUCCUUGCACUGAUAAUUAGCAGAUGAAAUUAAACUAAAAUAAUUAUUUAUUAAAUAAACUUGUUGCUAUAAUUAUUA